CCUAAAGUCACUCUUCCAAUUUGUUCCUCAAUCAUCGCAAGAACACACGGUCAAUUAAUUGGAAAAGACGAAUUUUAAAGUAAAGAAAACAAAAUAAAAAAGACUCCUAUAAAUUCAAGUAAGCUAGAGCAACACCAUCAUACUUCAAAUUGAUCUCCUUCCAUGGCUUCCUCAGUGAACUUCUUACUCUUCUCUUCCCUCCUCCUCACGUCUUUAUCCAUCUCUUUUCCUGAAGUCACUGCCAGAACUCCUGCAACCACAACAACCACAGUAGUCAUCCCUGAGGCGACGCCGGCUGUCCAAGUCGAGAAAGCUGCAAAAUUCAGCACUCAUAGUCAUCCCUCUCCCACCACCAAAUCGAGCUACGAGGAGAAAGAACCCAAAGCUCAGCAAGGUUACAGGAAUGAGAAGUAUGGAAUGAGUGACACAUUGUUCUUAGAAAAUGGGAAAUAUUUUUACGAUAGUGUUGCUGAAAAAGGAUAUGGAUUAUAUGCUGGAAUUGGCUUAAAGGGUGCUAACCAUUAUGUGUACAAUAAUUAUAAUGACGAGGCAAAUAAUUAUGAGAGACAGAACAAUGGAGAAAAUGAAGAGUAUAAUCCAUGAAAGAUUUUGAUUAAUGCAGCAAAUUAAGAGUAAAAUUUAAAAAUAAGUAUGUAAUAGUGAUGCUUUUAUUUGGGGUUUAAUUGAAGCAAUGCUUAAUGUGAAUGAUUGGGGGGUUUGAUGCAAAAGCAUGUUGGAACUAUGUAUGCAAUAGCUUUUAAAUAACCUAAUUCCUUAUUAGUGAUAUUAUAUUAUUUUGAAGGAGAAAAAACUCCAUUGUGUGCGUGUUUUAUAUAGAGUUUGAAUGAAAUAAGUUGAAAUACAAAGUCA